AUGGCGCAGACGAAUCCCAACGCGAUAAACGUGAACGACCCUGGACUCAUCACUCUCGUCAACAAACUCCAGGAUGUCUUCACCACAGUUGGCGUUCAAAACCCCAUCGAUUUGCCCCAAAUUGCCGUCGUUGGAUCGCAAUCUAGCGGAAAGAGUUCGGUGUUGGAGAACAUUGUUGGGCGAGACUUCUUACCACGAGGCACCGGUAUUGUCACGAGGAGACCGCUGAUCCUACAACUCAUCAACCGAGCGGCAUCACCAAAGACGCAAGAGAAUGGCGUACCCAAUGGCGAGAAGGUCGAGGGGACAACAGACAAGGAGGCCAAUACAGAUGAGUGGGGAGAGUUCUUGCACAUUCCUGGGCAGAAGUUCCACGACUUCAGCAAGAUCCGAGAUGAGAUUGUGAAAGAGACCGAGAGCAAGACUGGGCGGAAUGCGGGCAUUUCGCCAGCACCCAUCAACCUGCGCAUCUACUCGCCAAACGUGCUUACCUUGACGCUCGUUGAUUUGCCUGGUCUAACCAAAGUGCCCGUGGGUGAUCAGCCCAGGGAUAUCGAGAGGCAGAUCAGGGAGAUGGUGCUCAAGCAGAUCUCCAAGCCGAACGCCAUCAUUCUUGCCGUGACUGCAGCGAACACUGACUUGGCCAACUCGGACGGUUUGAAGCUUGCAAGAGAAGUGGACCCAGAAGGUCAAAGAACAAUCGGUGUGCUCACGAAGGUGGAUUUGAUGGAUGAGGGCACAGAUGUGGUGGACAUUCUGGCAGGCCGCAUCAUCCCUCUCCGAUUAGGCUACGUUCCUGUGGUCAACCGAGGACAACGAGACAUUGAGACGAAGAAGGCCAUCUCAUAUGCCCUCGAGAACGAGAAGAACUUCUUCGAGAACCACAAAGCCUACCGAAACAAGGCUUCCUACUGCGGAACACCAUACCUCGCGCGAAAGCUCAACCUCAUCCUCAUGAUGCACAUCAAACAGACCCUGCCAGACAUCAAAGCCCGCAUUCAAGCUUCGCUGCAGAAAUACUCGGCUGAGCUUCAGCAACUAGGCGACAGCAUGCUCGGCAACCCAGCCAACAUUAUUCUCAACAUCAUUACCGAGUUCUCGAACGAAUACCGUACAGUACUGGAAGGUCACAACGCAGAGCUAUCCUCAGUCGAACUUUCUGGUGGUGCCCGUAUCGCGUUUGUAUACCACGAACUUUACAGCAACGGUGUCAAGGCCGUGGAUCCAUUCGACCAAGUUAAGGACAUCGAUAUCCGAACAAUUCUCUACAACUCAUCUGGAUCUUCGCCCGCGCUCUUCGUCGGCACCACCGCAUUCGAGCUCAUUGUCAAGCAGCAAAUCAAGCGUCUCGAGGAUCCAUCACUCAAGUGUGUUAGCUUGAUCUACGACGAAUUGGUGCGGAUAUUAGGACAACUGGUUAACAAGCCACUCUUCCGAAGAUAUCCAGCACUUAAGGAGAAGCUACAUGCAGUAGUCAUCUCCUUCUUCAAGAAGUCCAUGGACCCCACCAACAAGCUCGUCAAAGAUCUCGUCGCCAUGGAAGCCUGCUACGUCAACACAGGCCACCCAGACUUCCUCAACGGCCACCGCGCCAUGGCCAUCGUCAACGAGAAGCACAACGCAUCCAAGCCUGUCCAAGUCGACCCCAAGACCGGCAAACCUCUACCAGCAGCAGCCCAGCCUCCGCGAUCAGCAAGCCCUAGUCUGGAUCUGAACGGCGCGGACGGCUCGGGUUUCUUUGGAUCGUUCUUCGCCAGCAAGAACAAGAAGAAGAUGGCAGCCAUGGAAGCUCCACCACCAACGCUCAAAGCCAGCGGCACGCUCAGCGAGAAGGAGACGCAAGAAGUCGAGGUUAUCAAGCUCCUCAUCACGUCCUACUUCAACAUUGUCCGGAGGACGAUGAUCGAUAUGGUGCCCAAAGCUAUCAUGUUGAACCUUGUGGAACACUCCAAAGACGAAAUGCAACGCGAACUCCUCGAGCAAAUGUACCGCACGCAGGAACUCGACGACCUGCUCAAGGAGAGCGACUACACGAUCCGGCGGCGGAAAGAAUGCCAGUCCAUGGUCGAGUCGCUCAGCAAGGCCAGUGAGAUUGUCAGCCAGGUGCAGUAA